GUGGCAGGGUUGCUAUUUGUUGCAGUUGGCUACGCCCUCCUGUUCACCAAAAACAGCCUCAAAAACAACCAUUUCCUCUCUGCUGAGAGACAGGGAAACGGGAGCUCACACACACACGCAUACACACAUUUCCUUGUAGCAGGCAUUCUGCUUUCCAGGACCUGCCAUUUGUGGCAGAGGCAUCAAGACGGGCUAGGCAGCAGAGAGGUGGCCAAACCCACGCUGCUUCCCAACCCUGCCUGCUCCUCUCAUCGGACUGGCUCCCACGGGCAGUUCUAAGGAGUGUGACCCAGCUGAUUCUCACGCUGUCCCUGCCUCCUGAGUUACUUUGCUUUCCAUUGCUGUAGGCAAGAGGCGCCUGGACACAGCCUCUCUGGCCUCGGUUCCAAAGAAGACAGCCCACUUAUAACUCUGGAUUCUCGCUGGUGUUGCCGGUGCCCCAGCUUUCUCCCUGGAAUGGGUCUUGGGGAGACCAGCUUCAGCACAGGCUUGUCCCUGCUCCAGGUUCAAGAGGGAGGAUAAGGCAGGGCUGUGAUCAGCUCACUUGGACCUGUCCCAUGGGCUUCUCCCUAUACUGCCGACAUCCUCAUGUGCCUGGCUGGACCUGCUGCAUAGCUUCCCAAGGAUGAGUGGUGAUGUUCUCUAGCUACCCCUAGCAGCACCUCGGCUUUCUCUGGAUGCACAGCAGCUGACUGGGACUUGGGACUUUCUCCGAGAUAGACAGUACUCACAGUCAGAUAUGACUGUGCAGAAACUUGUGGCCACAGCUGUGCUGGUGGCCCUUGUCUCACUCAUCCUCAACAAUGCAGCAGCCUUUACCCCCAACUGGGUGUACCAGACGCUGGAGGAUGGACGCAAGCGAAGUGUGGGGCUGUGGAAGUCCUGCUGGCUGGUGGACAGGGGUAAGGGAGGCACAAGCCCUGGGUCCCGAGCUGGGCAGGCGGACACACAUGACUGCGAGGUGCUGGGAUGGGGCUCUGAGUCAGCAGGUUUUCAGGAGUCUCGAGGCACCGUCAAACUACAGUUUGACAUGAUGCGUGCUUGCAACCUGGUGGCCACAGCCGCACUUGCUGUGGGCCAGCUUACCUUCGUCCUUGGGCUGACGGGCCUACCCCUGAUGUCACCAGAGUCCCAGUGCUGGGAGGAGGCGAUGGCCGCUGCAUUCCAGCUGGCAAGCUUUGUGCUGGUCAUCGGACUGGUGACCUUCUACAGAAUUGGCCCUUACACCAACUUAUCUUGGUCUUGCUACCUGAACAUUGGUGCCUGCCUUCUGGCCACCCUGGCGGCUGCGAUGCUCAUCUGGAACAUUCUUCACCGGAGGGAGGACUGCAUGGCACCCCGGGUGAUUGUCAUCAGCCGUUCUCUCACAGCACGGUUUCGCCGUGGCUUGGAUAAUGACUAUGUGGAGUCUCCAUGCUGAGAACACCCUUAUUGGGAGUUUCUCUAUGAAUAACCACUGUAACGUCAUAGUCUAGAAACCAAUUGCCUGUCCCAGGCCCUGCUUGUGCAGAGGUGUGGGGCAAGUCUGGGUUACCUAUACAUACAUAUGUAUGAUACUCAUGUACAUUUAUUAUGUUACAUAUGAAUAUACUAUGUGUCUAUACGUCAUGUGUGCCACCCUACUUCUGACACAGUCUUCCUUGACCAGCACAGCAGGCUUCACAUCAUGCAGGUUUAAAAGGUGGAGACUAGAAGCUGAGGCAGGGUAGGAGGCAGUGUGGGCACCUUGCUCUCCACCUCCAUUUGGGGUUAAUUUAUUCUGCAUCUACUAAGAUGGCAUCCUUGGUUACUUUUAUAAAGCAGAACAUCCAGGAAGCUUUUCAUGAAGGGUCUGAUAAUCCUUGAAUGAAACAGAACUUAUAACAGGUGGUAACGGUAUUAUGCCAGAAUCAAGUUAGAAGUGUACGUUUUACUCCUGAUUAUUUGUCUAAGUUAAAAUAAACACAAGCCUCUGAACUGUGUCUAAAACGCGUGUUU